UUGUCAACACCUACAGGUUGUUACUCUGAAUGUUCGGUACAUCGAUUAUACACGAAAAUGGAAGGAAAUACUUCUGGCAAAGAAAAUCUUGAUCCAGUUACUCCAGCGCAAGAUCCUGUGAUAUCAACUAAUCCUGUAGUUAUAAAGAAAAGGGCUGAAAUGUUUUUAGGAGGAACAUUGGCAGACAAGAAAAAGACAAAGG